UAUAAAAUGAAUAUGGCGAAGCUAGAGAUGUUGUGUCUAGUUCAGAAUUUAGUGAAUAGAAAAGGAUCAUUAUUAAAGUUACUUUUGGGUUAGUGGCGUAUUCGUGUUAAUCAUAGGUGCGAGCAAAUUGGUGAAAUUAAAAUAUAGUGACUUGUAUAUCUGUUGUUUUGCAAAAUGGAUGUUAAAAACAUAUCAGAAAUAAAAGAUGGCGAAUCAACGAGUCCUCUUGUGCUGGUAGAAGCGCCAUCUAUAUUAGAAGUGCCAAAUCUCAAACUAGAUGGAAGUGUAAAAAAAAAGAGAAGACGCGGGAAAACCAAACGAAAAAUUAUAAAACCAUUUUUAAAAAUGCCUUGGCAGGAAAGAAGAAUGAUUGAUAAUUCUAAGAGAAAUAAUCGAUUUCGAAAAAUCGUUUUAUCAAAAACCCAGGCACCUUUUAAUAAUAAUCAAUUUCUAAUGGAAAUUCAUAAACCAGAACCAGAAAAUAAUUUCAACUUAUUCAGAACCCCGUCUGCUCGAACCCGGGAUUCUAGUUUUAGUGUAGAUUCAGAGGAAAAUUACUUUUUUUCACUCCCAGAAGACGAGGAAGAAUAUUUAACCAAGGAAUUUUCUAGUGUUUACGAAGACGCGCAAAGUGAACGGUUAUCAAAUAUGUCUAAAAAUGAACUUGUUCAAGAAUAUCUUUUGCUUGAGGCUAAAUAUGAUAAUCUCAUAAAGAGGAAUGAGCGAAGUAAAGUGAAAGACACGGAGGGAGACAAAGAUGUGUCAGUAGCAGAUAAGGAUGUCUCAAUUACGGAUAAAGAUAGCAUGCUGACUGACCGGGAUACUUCAGGUACAUCUGUCAUGUCUGGUUCAAUAGACGAGCCCUCAGUUUAUGACGUCAUGCAGAGAUUGAAGGAGCAAGAUGAGCAAAUUCGCGAACUACAGCUGGCUAAUGAAAAAUUACUUUUAGAAAAUAGCCAUUUAAGACAAAGAAAUCAGGGCUCAAGUGAAGAUUCAGAGAGUGACAGCUCUUCUACUUCUGAUAGUUGCAGCAGUUCAAGUUGUAGUUCAAGUCCUGAACAUGAACCUGUUUUGGUAAAUGGUGAUGUAGCAGCUAAUGAAAACCACAUUGUUAAUGGAGAGCAUAAUGUCACGAAUGGUGUACAACCAACUCCGCCUCUUGUCAAUGGAUUUCACAGUCCAAGUGAUAAAAACUAAAGUGAACAGUAUAUAAACUUUUAAAGAUGGACAAAGUAAUAUAUGUGUUAGUCUUACGUUUAUAGCCUUAGCUCAAAAAAGGAAUAAAUAUAAACAAACUAUAGAUUUAUAUAUUCCAUUUGAUAUAGUAAUAGCUGUAGCACUACAAACAGUUCUUGAUUAAUAUAUUUUAUUUUAUAAUACCACCACUAUUUCACUUUCAUUUUAU